UCGGUUGAUGUUGUAGCAAAACAAGUGCACAAGAGUGAAGAUUUAUUUCAAGUUCGGACGUGUUUUCAAACGAAAGAUAUUUAACUUAUUGCAGAAACGUUAAAUAUUAAGCAGCAGUUGUCAUCAAUUAUAAAUAAACAUAAAUUACAGUACGCUCAACAGCUAAAUCAAUUGAAUAGUGAAGCCACCUGCAUCCGCUCAGCAUUCAACCGUUUAUUUUCAUUCGAACAGUGCAGUGCAGAGUUUGGACACGCAAUUAUAUUCAACCGUUCAACGCAAAGCAACAUGGCUCCCGUGGUGGACAACAACCAGUUUGAACUUCCGACAGCGCUGGAAACUCCCAGCAAAAAGAGAAAACGCAAUGCGGAGACGAACCCAUUUCUGUCGUUUUCCGAUCAAACGUUUAGCAUCCCAUCGUCGACGCCAAUCCACAACAAGCAGAUCGAUGGCAGUUCCUUCGAGAAUCCGAGCUUCCGGUUCGGUGUGAACAACAAUGGAAGCAACAAGGAGAACAUCAACAUAUUUUCCGACUCGUGCAUGGAGGUGAAAUCGAUCGCUGAGCUGGCCGCGGAGAAUCCUUUCGAAGUGAUUCGGAAGCCUCCGAACAAGAAGAAGAGGAAACUCAGUGAGAUCGAGGACAGUUGUUUCGUUAAUCCGGGACUUAAUCUGGAUGCGAUAGAUAAGCCAACUGUUAAUCCGUUCGAGGUGGUGCGGCAAGAUGAUAAGUCGAACGAAUCUUGCUUCGUUAAUGGUGCAUUGAAUAUUAAGGGUAAGGACACAGGGGAAGCAGUUAAUCCAUUUGAGAUAUCCCGACCAACUGAGAAGGGUGCAGCUUGCGUGGAAGACACAAAGGAAGCAGGAGAAUGCAAAGGGAUUGAAAAUCCUGCACUGGAAUUGCAAACUUACGCGCUAGCCGUGCCGUUCACACCGUCAAUAAACCAUCGGAUCAACUUUCAGGAACUACCGGCGGAUGCAUUAACUCCUUGUCAGAUGUUAGCCAAAAAUUUGGUUUUCACUCCCGAACCGAAUCCAGACAGCUUGAUAACGCCAAAGAAAACCGUUACGAUUUCGAAUCGUAAGUCCCUUUCAGUGAUUAGCGAAGAACCGCUUGAUAUCGGCGAAGAACUGGAUUGCUACCAGCUGGAGCUGGAGAACAGCAUCAACGAAGCCAAAGCACUCAAACAGAAGAGUGUUCGAGGAUCGGGAACGGGAACACGUACUAAAAGUCGUCGCAGUUUGAUCGAUAUCAAACACAUCAGCAAUCUGUCCAUGAAACUUAAACAACUGGAAGAAUCCGAAGGUGAAGACGAAGAUGGCAAACAAUCAGAGACCAAUUCCGAAAAUCAAGGAAACGUGGUGGAACCUACCAUUAAAGAACCGACAACUCCUCCGACACCACAACCGCAGAUGAUAACAUUCACUGUUACUAAGGAGGUUUCUGUCAAGGAGGAGAUCCGCAUCGACGUCAGUAAUCCGGAUGUUCAAUUUGAGGAAGUCGAUGACUUUGAGGACGAAGAACAAGAUGUUGACUUAUUCGCCAAUCCGGCCCCAUUCCAGCGAGCUUACCGCAAGAAAGAGGAUCCAAUUCCGGAGGACAAAUUUAAACAGCCAACCCUGCCUGAAGCUUCCAAAACCAACAAAAUGAAGGACGCCAUCCGUAAGAGUUUCCGAAAGUUGAUUCAUCCCAAACAGCACCAGGAACCGCAGGUGCAAAUCACCGAUUUGGACGAAAAACCCAAAUCGGAGGACCCUCACCAUGGGUUCAUGUCCAGCAUCCGCCAUAGUUUGCGUCGGAAGGCGCAUAAGACGAAAGAGCCGCGACCGACAGACGACGCUCCGGAGGAAGAGAAGGAACUGGAAAUGUCGAUUAUUGUGGAGACGCCGAGGGCGGUCUUCCGGCAGCCGAGCGCGGAUGAGUAUCGCACCAUUGCAGCAGGGGGGUCGAUGGAUAAGGUGGGGUCAACCUUGAGGAGCAGCCUGCGUCGGUCCACCAAAGACAUGAAGCGACAGAUGAUGAAAAAUGUGUUCAAGAAGGCUGGAGAAGAAAAGAUUGAUUAGGUUUAAUUGUUUGUCGGGAGAUAUUUUUUAUAGGGAAUAAGAAUUCGUAUUAAAUCCAAAGACUUUCCAAAUUCUACUGAUAUUCAAGAUAGUACAGAAGCCUCAAUUUUUUAGCGUUAUUAUUUCACCGUAAGUACUUAUUUAUAACAAUUUUAUUAUAUAGAUGCAAACAACAGCAAAUUAAUUUGUUGACAUUCCACGUACUUGCCUUUACCAAAUCAAAUGUUUUAGUACAAAUUAUAACAUCACUCAUGAAAACAUCCUCUCGUAAUCAAAUGUGUAUCAUGGAACUUAAUUUAUUAUCAUUACAGUCAUACCAAUUUGAAUGUAAAAUUAUACUUUAAGAUAAUCAUAUCAAUCGAUUUAUUAUAUCCACACCUUAAGUUUUUGUUUUCCCGUCGCACCUUAUUUGAUAUAUUCAAUAAAUAUUCAUAAAACUACAAAAAA